UUUUGUAUUACUUCUGGUCACAUUUGCUUUGUUGAUAAGACGUCAAAAAAAUUAGCAACGCAGAAUUUUAAGUCAAAUCAAACAUAAAAAUUAAUCCAAGCUUCUCGCUACAUAUUUUCUCGCGUUGUUUUACUAGUGCCAAUGUAUUAAACAUAGGACAAUGUUUCAGGGCUGAGAAAACUUCACGCAUUUAAGGAAAAAUCAAUUUUUAUAAAAGAGCUUGCCUAGCUGUUGGUUUGCAAAUUAAAAUUAAGGAGGGUCCUAGUAAAAAAGUGCAAUAAUGAAUUUGGACUUUGGAAAAGUGUGCAGCAAGCACAUCUCUGUAUAUGAGGCCUACUACAAACAGAUUGACCCAAAAGCUACAGGGGCAAUUGAAGCUAUGACAGCUGCCAAGUUUUUAAAAAAAUCUGGUCUCAGCGAUGUGGUACUAAGCCGUAUAUGGGAUCUUUCCGAUCCAAACGGCAAGGGUUUUCUGGAUAAGCCAGGAUUUUUUGUGGCUCUUAAGUUAGUGUCGCUUUCGCAGGCGGGUCAAGUGGCCAACAUGAACAACAUCUAUAUAGACACAGUCAACCCACCUAAACUUGGUGAAAUUCCAAAAACAAUGCCGUCGCGCAUUCAAACGGUUCCUGUGCCUAGCGGGGGUAUGACUGACAGAGACUGGUCAAUUGGGGUUAUCGAUCGUUUAAAAUACGAACAGCUAUUCGAGUCCCUCAGUCCAAUCAAUGGCAUGCUGCCCGGAAAUAAAGUUAAGGGUGUUUUAAUGGAUUCAAAACUGCCGAUGAAUAUUCUUGGUACCAUCUGGGACUUGGCCGAUCAGGACAAAGACGGUAACCUAGACAAACACGAGUUUAUCGUGGCCAUGCACCUUGUCUACCAAACACUGCAGAAGCGUACCGUUCCCAAUGUUCUGCCACCAGAGCUCCGAAAGCCAGGAGCUGUUGCAAGUCAACCGAGUAAGACUCCUCAUUCUGCUGCUGUCAUUCCACGUGCUGCCAGUGGUGAGGGAUUUGGAGACAACGGCUUUGUGGCCAACUUUCCUAAAGACAUUGCUCCGCCGGCGGCAAUUCCUCCUAUGCCAGUGGCUGUGCCACCUGUGACACGAAUUCCACCGGUGGGAGCCGUAAGCUCUAUGCCUCUGAUCCAGACGGAUCCUCUGGUUCCCAUUGGGGCUCCGCCCUCGGUAAGGGCCAACGCUGACUGGGUGGUAACUCCCGCAGAGCUCAAAAAGUUCGAGGAAAUCUUUCAACAAUCAGACCUUGACAAGGAUGGUUUAGUUUCCGGACUGGAAGUCAGGGAUAUAUUUAUAAAGUCGGGUAUUCCUCAACGCAGCCUGGCUGAUAUUUGGGCCCUAUGCGAUACCAAUCAAUCUGGAAAGCUGACUGUAGAGCAGUUUGCUCUGGCAAUGUGGUUUGUUGAACGCAAGCAGCGCGGCGUAGAUCCGCCCCAUGUUCUCACUGCCAAUAUGGUGCCGCCAUCAAUGCGAUCGAUUGUGUCUGGCGUGGAUUUGCAACCUCAGGAGGUGAAACCGACUUAUUCUAAUCCAGAGCUGGAGAUGAUAUCCAACGAGAUUGAAGAGCUGGCCCGCGAACGGCGCGUCCUUGAGACAGAAAUCGCCCAAAAGGAAGCAGAUGUGCGUAUUAAAAACGGAGAAGUACGCAGUCUGCAGAGCGAAUUGGAUACCUUGGCGGCCACACUGAAACAGCUGGAGAAUCAGCGCGGGGAAGCUCAGAAGCGACUGGACGACCUACAAGCUCAAGUGAAUAAAAUUCGCGAUCAAUGUCAAAAGCAGGAGGAUACCAUUACCGAACAGGAAGGCGAACUUAAUACUAAACGAUCUGAACUUCAGAAGCUAAAGGAUGAAGAAACAUCUCUGCAAAAGGAGUAUGAUUUGAACAACCGUGAGCUAUCAAAGUUGACAAAGCACCUGCAAAAUACCCAAUUGCAGAUUAGCUCGGUCCGUUCGAUGGUCACUCUCUUGAUGGAGACUCAGCGCCAGAUGACUGAUGCAUUGCUUAUAUGCCGAGCCGCAAUGGACAACCAAAACGCUGAACUCGUUUCCGAGUACCAAUUGAAAAUCGAACCAGACUUUGAAGAUGCUCGCAAGUUAUUGGCAAAGGAAUUGGAAAUGCCUAAAGAUGACCCUUUUAAUGAGAACAAUAGUGGAGUAGCAAAGGAGGCAAAUGACGGCUUUUUCAGUGAUCCCUUUUCCAGCCAGCUUGCUGGAAAACCAGUUAUCUCUACUGGCUUUAAUGACAGCUUUAGCGCGAGCUCAGGAUUCGAGACCACAUUCGAUGCCUUCGGUCAGAGUGCACCAGCAACUGGGCUGGAGCAAUCACAGAAGCGAGAUCCCUUUGGCUCGGAUGCAUUUUCCGCUAAGAGCGCUGUAACACCAGAAGCUGGAAAAGACGAUUUUGGCAGCGAUCCGUUUGCCGCUCUACAUGCACCCACAGGGCAGGGUCAGGUCCUCAGUCCCAAUCCAGGAAAAUCGGGCCCGCCGCCCCGCCCGGAGUCUCCCAGUCCAGCAUUGCCGCCAAAGAAGUCAAAGCUGCCUCCUCCAAGACCAGCCCCCCCACGAGCAGCACAGCCUGCGACCGCUUUUGGAGGCAGCGGAGGUUUCGCCGACUUUGAAGAGUUCGACAAUAAGACGCCGCAUUAUGACCAAACCCACCAGACACACAGUCAGGCGUCAAGUCCGGCGCCAGAAAAAUCUAUUGGGCAGUCUCAACCUCCGAUGGAAUCGUCAUCUUUAGCCAUAUCACCAGCACCAACUUCGUUAUUUGCACCAUCUUCAACUUUGGCAUUAGAAGCAAACAUCGGGGAAGUCUCGUCAAAUAGCAUCGAAGUUUCCAAGCGUUUUUCGAAUUCCAAUACACCGGUUCAGAAGGAAGUUGAUUUUUCGGUAGCCUUUGGAGCAUUUAAUAUGCAGAAAGAAUUACCAUCCACCCAUAUUACUGGACCUACCGACUUUAAUGACGAUCCCUUUAAAGAUUAUCGCUACGAGGACCCGUUUAGCAUUAAGGAUCCCUUUGCCGAGGAUGAUGAAGUAGAGGCAUUCCAAAAAAAUAUCAAAUUGGGUCACAAGAAUACCUUUUCCGAAGAUUUUAGUUCUGAGGAUGACUUUGGAGACGUGCCUAAGACCAGUGAUAGUAACCUACAAAAUAACAACCGGAGUAAACUUCAGGCGGCUACCUCACUCAUAAAUGAUCAGCUGAAUCAAUUUGACGCUUUCAACUUAAACUCAAAUCCGCCUCCCUUGCAGAACACUAAUUCUUCUAGUUCAGAUUAUAAUCCUACCCGUAAGAAUUCAGAAUCGACGGUCCACGUAUUCGCCGAUUUUGAUGACUUUGAAACUUUAGCCUGCAAUGGAAAUGGAGGAGGCGCUAAAAAGUGUACGACUGUUAAAAACACAGGACCAAACGACUCAUUCUUUGAUGCAUUUAAUGAUAAUUUUGGAGAGGACUUAAGCUCCACAACUGUAACAAAUGCGACGGUUAAGAAGCUUGAGGAUGAAAAAACACCCAGCUCCAUUCAGUUAGGCAAUCAGAAUUUCGCCGAAUUUGAAGCAUUCGUAGAGCAUAAUUUCUCAAGUGAUUUCGCCAACACGUCGUUAGGAAGCAGUAUGAACGAGAAGCAACAUACCAAUAAGGAGACCAUAUCUAAAGUUUCAGCUAAGGAAAAAUAUGACGCAGACUACUCUAAGCCGGAGAGUUUUGAUACGGAUCUCGAGAAAGCUCUGAAAAGAAGUAUGCUGGAAAACUAAAUCUUAACCUUUAUGUUAAAGCUAGCGUUAUAAAAUGCAAAAUGAAGGUGUUGUACAUUUUUUCUUUUGCGGGCUUAGAAUCCCCAUAGGAUCCAUACAGACAAUUCCAACGAGUAUUCCAGCUAUAUAAAUUUUUCGUUAAUAUUACAUAAUUAUAUACUAGUAGACCCUAAGACCGUAUGAUUUAAUC